ACAGUGGUCAGUACUCUGAGGGGACUUGCAUAUUAAGUGGACUAUUAGCUGUAGCCCCAAGCCGUUAAAAUAUAUAUAUUUUCAAGGCGUCGUGUUACAUCUGUCAACAGAUUCGUCCUUACUGCAAGAGUUUUAUUGAGAAAACAGCAGGUCGUCACAUAAAUGGAACUCUACGGGAAGAUGACAUCCUCUCAAGAUGCCAGGUUUGGCCAGAAAGACACAUCUGAUCAAAACUUUGACUACAUGUUUAAAUUGCUAAUUAUUGGAAACAGCAGUGUCGGGAAAACCUCCUUUCUCUUCCGCUACGCUGAUGACUCAUUCACAUCUGCUUUUGUAAGCACAGUAGGAAUUGACUUCAAAGUGAAAACAGUUUUCAAGAAUGAAAAAAGAAUAAAACUGCAAAUCUGGGACACAGCUGGCCAAGAGAGGUAUAGGACAAUUACCACGGCAUACUAUCGAGGUGCUAUGGGUUUUAUUUUAAUGUACGAUAUUACAAAUGAAGAAUCUUUUCAUGCAGUGCAAGACUGGUCAACUCAGAUAAAAACAUACUCAUGGGACAAUGCCCAGGUGAUAUUAGUUGGUAACAAAUGUGAUAUGGAAGAUGAAAGGGUUAUCUCCACUGAAAGGGGUAGACAACUAGCAGAUCAACUUGGCUUUGAAUUCUUCGAGACAAGUGCAAAGGACAACAUUAACGUCAAACAGACUUUCGAAAAGCUUGUAGAUAUCAUCUGUGACAAGAUGUCAGAAAGCCUUGAAACUGAGCCCUCUGUCAGUGCUGGCAAGCAAAAUACAAGGCUAACAGACAACCCACCUCCACAACAGCCCAGCUGUGGAUGUUAGUAGAGUACAGAGGCUGCUGUCUCUAUGUGCUAUGUUGCCAAGCUGUACACAUUAGAAAUAGUUAGGAAUAGUCUAUAAAUUGUUUAUUUAUGCUCUCUUUCACAAAGGACUAUUUUAUUUACCUUUUUGCUGAUGUGCAUUGAGUGCUGUAUUCUGAAGCCUUGUAGUUUUGGUGUGCAAAGUGAGUUUGUGAUCUAAAAUCUCUAAGGACAGUUCACAUUAUUUUUACGUACUGUUGUCCCUCCCUCUUUCUUCACAGAAGCAUACCUUUCUAGAUUUCUAUACGUAUUUUUUUAACAUAAUCCAAACUUUGGGUUCUUGGUUAGCAAAGCAUGAAAUGGCAAUGCUUAGGUAACAUGUUAGUGAACAGAUUUUACUCAACAUCUUGUUUGUGCCAAAAAAGAAUUGACAUUUUUAGGACAGUAACAGUUUUCACAGAGAGCAUUUACUUGUAUUUAUUUAUAAUUUCUUGCAUAAUGUUUGCCCUGCAGCAAAUUGAAAAUUGUAUUUUCAAUAUUAUGCUUAUCAUUUUUUAGCAUAGUCUGCAUUUGAUCAUUUCUCUGAGGAGUCUUUUAUUUUUCUAGUUUUUAAUUAGACACAUCAUCUCCUGUGCUUAGAGAGAGUGCUAUCUGAGAUACAACAUUCAUGUUUGGAAGCAGAACCUUAUGCUGUGCACCAGACUGCAGACAGAUGUACUUAGGACAAUGGCACUUGUAAUUAUACUAAAUGUCUGUUAUUUACUAUA